AUGCCAGAUCCAUUACAAGUCCUCCCUGCAGAGGUCAUCCUCCGCUGCAUCGAAUUCACAACUCUAUCCGGUAUCGCAGCUCUCAACUCGACCACAAAAGCCUGGCAUGGGUUUCUAGACGCCACGCAUCAAGACACGAUUUACUCAACCCAAGCGCAUGAUCUCUACUCUUUACACCCCCGCAGCGAUCGUGAGACUCUCUCUCUCAAUCGCGAUUUUAAAGUCUUUGGGACACCACAAAAUGAUAGAAGUUUUGUAAAGUAUUUCCAUGGUGUGCAGAGUUGGAAGGAUUUUUGUAAGAGAUUGAUAUUGUUGGAGAGGAAUUGGAAUGCCAAAAGGCCGGUGGUAAGAGAGAGUGUGGUGCAGGUGGGUUACGAUCCGGUGUGGCGCUUCAAGCCUGAUUUCAAGAGGAGGUUUAUUGUUUCGACUUCGCAGGCUGGUGGGGUAUGUGUGACUGAUAUGGAUGACGGAAGGAUGUUGUGGAGGUUGAGGAGGGAGGAUGUACGCAUGUGUGCACAUCUCGAAUAUGAUCAAGAGAGCGGGACAGCAUGUUGGGAUCGAUUCGGCAACGCAAUCGAAGUCUGGAAAGCCGACGAAGUAGAAAGAGGAACCUUCCAUCGUACAGGAAUCCUCGAGCACGACUGCGAGACUAGAGGAUUCCAACUCUCGCGCUUCAACGACAAGGAGACCCUAUGUGUGGUUUCCUCCGAAGGCAAAGGAUUUGUCUGGGAUCUUUCCGUACAUCCGCCACAACGACAAAAGGUUCUGGAGAUCGAGAAUGAGGCCGUGGGACACCUGGACCAAGGACAAGAUACCGUGUGCUAUAGUAUGGGUACACGCGGUUACCACGUCUGCAGCAAAACCACCGGCGAAAUGCUGGGUAAACUUGAUCCUAAGGACUGUCAGAAUAUCUACCACAUCGCACAUCCUCCUCCCCAACUAACUCUGAGCAUGGGCGCCCCAAAUCAUGGCCCCACAGCACAAGUGUGUCCUCCACAGUCGCCUCGCAAAGAUCGCCUUACACCACUGAAACUCUACAAUGGACCGCAUCCAGUACCGCGCUCGCCUCUAGCAAUCGAGAACGACGAAUGGGGCUCUGGAAUCAUCUCAGGAAACUACAUGUGUGGAGUAUCUCGCGGCGGCCGCGUCUUCAUCUGUACGGAUUUCUUGGGUGCACUAGCAGAUCCAGCACGCUUUGCCUCUACUACAGCAAUACUGCAUACCGAAGGCGAUGGCUCAACCUUUGAGCUUGGCGGCUGGCUGACGCUCAAAAACGGACGCGCUGCUUUCGAGAUCAUCGAUAACGUUUACAUCUUUACUCUACCUGAUUCUGGGACACUUCCUGAGGUUGGAGAGAUACAGAGGCCUAUUUGGGCUACACCGAUUAGUUCGGCACAGCAACUCGCUGUACCGGUCAGCUUUAUGGGAAUUUACGAUGAUUGUAUCAUGUAUACUUAUACAACACUUGGCUUCCGCAGCUCCUCGCCGCGACAACGACGGAAUGGACAGAAUACUCGAUCUGAACGCACGCGAGCAUUCCCCACAAAGGCGAUCAGGAUAUUGAGUCUAGCGCCCGAUUUAUCUCAACCAGGUGAAGAGUUGUCCUAUAUCGAAGGCUUGGAAGUCAACGACAACAAUCCCCGCGGUAAUGACACCUCUAGCAUCAGAAGCGGAAGCGCACCACGCGCCCGAGGCGCAGCCAUGCAAGCCGGCCUCCUCCAACUGAUGGCCCUCCUCACCAAUGACCAAGAGGACGAAACCUCUAACUCAGACUCUGACAACUCCCACCCUAACGAUCGCGAACCAGCAGUCCUCGACGAGGCAGCAAGAGCCGAACUCUACGCCUCCAUCACCGAACAAGAACAGGCAGAGUGGGCUGAAGACGACGCUUAUGAGCAGAUGCUGGAGAUGGAAGAUCGACAGCAGAUAGCUGAGAUGAUGGGGUUCGGUGAUGGGGAGGAAGAGGCGAUGGAGAUGUUGAGGAGUGAUGAUGAGGAUGAAGUUGCUGUUAGAGGCCCUUAUGCACCGAGUCUGGAUGAUGAUGAGGAUGACGAGUGGGAAGAUGAGGGAGAUGUGGUUUGA